AUGAAGGAGGCAAAACCAAGGUUGAUUAGAUGGAUGCUUCUACUCCAAGAGUUUGAUCUUGAGAUAAAAGACAAGAAGGGGAGCGAGAAUGUUGUAGCUGACCACCUUAGCCGACUUGUCAAUGGCUCCAACGCAGAAGAGGAUUCUCUUCCUCUUCGUGAGAGCUUUCCGGAUGAACAGUUGUUUGCUAUGCAAGCUUCUGAUCCUUGGUAUGCGGACAUCAUCAACUAUUUGGUCACCAAGAAAAUUCCGGAGGAUUUCACACGUGCUCAAAAGGAUAAGUUGGUGAAGAUGGCCAAAUACUAUGUGUGGGAUGACCCCUAUCUAUGGAAGCAUUGCCCGGAUUUAGUGAUUAGAAGGUGUGUACCCGAAACUGAAUUUCAUUCUAUAUUAACCUUUUGUCACUCUUAUGCUUGUGGAGGUCACUUUGGAGCUAAGAAGACUGCUCUCAAAGUGGAAGCAAAGGCCACCCGGACUAAUGAUUCCAAAGUUGUUUUGAGUUUUCUUAAAGAGCAUGUCUUUUCGAGAUUUGGAACACCUAGAGCUAUCAUCAGCGAUGGAGGGACUCAUUUUUGCAAUCGAUCGUUUGAAGCUUUGUUGAAGAAGUACAAUAUCACACAUAGGGUCUCAACACCCUACCAUCCUCAGACAAGUGGCCAAGCGGAGGUUUCUAAUCGACAAGUGAAGCAAAUACUUGAGAAGACAGUUGGACCCACUCGGAAGGAUUGGAGCUCACGCUUAGAUGAUGCUUUAUGGGCAUACCGAACUGCUUACAAGACCCCCAUUGGGAUGUCUCCAUAUCGUCUUGUGUUUGGCAAACCAUGUCACCUUCCAGUGGAGCUUGAGCAUAGGGCUUAUUGGGCAAUUAAGCAAUUUAAUAUGGAUAUGGCAGCGGCUGGUGACAAAAGGAGGCUGCAACUCAAUGAGUUGGAGGAGCUACGCAAUGAUGGUUAUGAGUCUAGUAGAAUUUACAAGGACAAGGCUAAGGCCUUCCAUGAUCAGAUGAUCAAGAGGAAAACUUUUGUCGUUGGACAAAAAGUCCUUUUUGAAUCUCAUCUGCGCUUAUUCCCAGGUAAACUUCGUUCUAGGUGGAUUGGACCAUUCGUUAUAACUGAUGUGUUUCCUCAUGGUGUAGUAGAGAUUAAGAGCGUUCGCAUAGAAAAGGUGUUCAAGGUGAAUGGGCAUAGACUCAAGCCCUAUUAUGAGUCUUUCGUGGAGCAUGACUUGGAGGAGGUGCCCCUCAAAGUUCCCACCUAUGCAGAUUAA